AUGGCAAAUAAGUUAUGCUUUGAAGCUUUAGAUAAGACCUUAAGAGAUAUUUUAAAAACAAGGUAUGAAAAUAGUACUACCAAACCUUUUGGAGGACUUACAGUGGUAUGUGGUGGUGAUUUCCGUCAAAUAUUGCCAGUUGUCCCAAAGGGUACAAGAGCUGACAUUGUUGAUUCUUCUCUUAAUUCAUCCUACUUGUGGUCAUUUUUUAAAGUAUAUCAGCUCAACCAAAAUAUGAGGCUCUAUAAUGGAAGUGUCAGUAGCUCCAAGGCUGCUAAAAUAGCUUCUUUUGACAAAUGGUUGUUGCAGGUUGGAGAUGUGGAAGCUAUUUACCCUUCACUUUUGCAUAAGUACAAUGAUCCAGCAUAUUUGAAAGAAAGAGCUAUAUUAACGCCAAAAAAUGAAAUGGUUCAUGAGUUAAAUGAGACGAUUAUGAAUAUGAUACAAGGAGAAGGGAGAACUUAUUUCAGCUCUGACAAUAUAUGCAAAGCAAGUGUAAACACAAAUGAUGAAGACCUUCUGUAUCCACCUGAAUUUUUGCAUAGCUUGAAAUUUAAUGGCAUCCCAAAUCAUGACAUACGACUUAAGGAAGGUGUUACUGUAAUGCUACUUAGAAAUUUGAAUCAAACAGAAGGUCUAUGCAAUGGCACAAGGUUGAUAGUCACCCGUCUUGGUAAAUGGUCAAUUAGAGGUGACAUCAUUUCAGGAACAAAUAUUGGUCAGAAUGUAACGAUUCCAAGAAUUAUCAUGUCUCCCAAUGAAUCAAGGUGGCCAUUCAAGCUCAAUAGACGACAACUUCCUUUAGCCCCAUGUUUUGCGAUGACAAUCAAUAAAAGUCAAGGACAAUCUCUUAAACAUGUCGGCUUAUAUCUCCCUAAGCAAGUAUUCACUCAUGGUCAAUUAUAUGUCGCUAUCUCUCGAGUCACAACAAGAGAAGGAUUGACCAUACUAAACGCUGACGAUGAGGUGGAAGACAAAACCUUCAUAAAAAAUAUUGUCUACAAUGAAGUAUUCCAAAAUAUUACAUAA